AUGACCGUUGGUCUGGAUAACUCGGAUAAUGCUUAUCAGUUUAUGCAAUGCAUGUAUUGCUUCAAGCAGUUCGAUACGGAAAGCAUAAAUGUAUUAGCCAACCACAUCACCGAUAAAUAUACUUUUUGUAAAUACUUCUGUCGGUAUUGUUUGUACCGUGCAUAUACAGCUUCACACGUUUUAAUCCACGAGUAUGUAUUUCAUAAAGAUCAAAAGCCUUCAAUAUUAAAACUCAAGAACCUCCGAGGCGAACGGAAAGAAGUAGUAAAGGCGAUUGACUUUAAAAAAUUUGUGUUGCCUUAUGUUUGCAACAUUGGAUGCUGUACUUUCUCUUCUUAUAUCAAUAGUGAUUUCUUGUCUCAUUUGAGACUGGAGCAUGUACAUUGUGACCGAUUAUCUUGUGACCUUUGUGCUAAAAACAAUGACGAAGGAUUUAUUUCGUUCAAUCCGAAAUUAUUUGUUAAACAUUUUAAUUUGCAUUGUAUUAACACAUAUCAAUGCAUUUUCUGCUUGUUUGGUGCUGAAUGUAUGAAUGUCAUGAUAAUUCACUUAGCAAUGGAGCAUUUUGAAUAUGAACCUUUAUGCUUGGAACGUUGUCCGAAAAACGAUUUUUGCGACGGCAACACAAUUAAAAACCUUAAAAUUUUAAAUAUUAAGAAAUAUGUAAGCGAUGAGAUAAUAGAAAUAGUGAGUACGACUUCAUUAAAAAAUGCUGAUGGUAUAAGAGAAUGUCCAACUAAAGAGAUAAAUGAAUUAUGUCCAAUGGAUCCCGUUGACAGAUGUACAAAUACCAAACCAGAUGACAUCGACAAUACUCCUCAGCUCUUAAGUAAAAUUUUUAAAAAAAUUGCACAAUCAACGAGAAACACAUCAACUCCAGCUAUUGAUAAUAACAAAAAUAACAUGAUUAUAUUAUCUGAUGAAGAUAAACGAACCGUUCCAGGGGAUGCAGAGCAAAUUCAAAAUGUCAAGGCUUUAAUCGUAAAUGACAAAAAAAAUCCACCACAACUGUCAAAUUAUGAACUUAUAAACGAUUUUAAAUUAGAAAAAGAUACUGAAAUACAAAUCAAUGGAAAAUGUUUAGAACACCUUUCUAAUGAAUCUGUUGAUGAAGUCUUCCUAGAUGGACUUUCAUAUGAAGAUCACUUGAACAACUGUCCAGUAGAAGGUCCUAAAGAGUGUACUUUUUGUUUGGCACAGUCAAAGUCGACAUUUGAGGUUGUCGAAGUUCCAAAACUCCUUAGACCGAACCGUUUCACGUGCACUUUUUGUAACUUGGAAUUACCGUCUAGUGACAUUGUCAAGAACCACGUAAAAGAAGAACAUCACAUUUCUAACCUCGAGUUCGUACCUGUAGAUAUUAAUGCGACCGAUAUUGAGAAAGACAAAUUUCUCGUAUGCCAGGAUAAAUCUUCUAGAACGAAAAAACGAUCUAAUGAUUGUAUCGUUUUAACGGAUAGUUCUGAGAGUACUAUUGUUCUUCAAAAGAAGCGUUCUAAAGUUGUUAACAAGCAAGAUGAUUCUCAAUUAACUAUAUUUCCGGAUACUUUGCAUACAUCUGAAAAGUUUACUAGACCUAACAGGGUUGAAUCAAAGCAACAACACAAAAUCCUAAAAAGAAAACAUUCCACCGAGAGCUACGAAGACAACAACAGAAAAAUACCUAGCCAAUAUAAGUCAAACGAUCUGGGUGUUACAAUAGCAAUGUAUUUUUCUCCUGACAAUAUUAAUAACAUUCCACGAACAGAAUAUUUCUUGCAACCGAUGGGAUGUUUACUUUGUGAGUAUGAAACUAAGGUACGAUCAAAACUAGUCUCACACAUCAAGAAACAUAGAGUAAAGCCAGAUGAAUCGACUAAGAAAAUUUCUAAAUCUAUUCCAUGUAAUUCCAAGUCUAUAUUUACGUCCAUGAAUAUGACCAAUUUAUCCACCAGUUCAUUUAAAGCUCAAGAAAAUGAAAAGGUAAUAGAACGAUUUUACGAUUAUCCUCAGUUCGUCUCAAAAAGAAAACGUUUUAAAUGUUCUAUAUUUAGAUGUGAUUUCAUUGGUUUGAAUAUCGAAAUUCUGAAGUCUCAUAUACUUAAAUAUCAUCCAAAUUUUUGGUGUUAUAUAUGUCCACAUUGUAAACCAAUACCGACUAGGGUCGUCGGUAUACGUGAAAUGAGGUUGCAUUUAAAUUAUCACGGCGAAGACUUAUACAUUUGUCAGUAUUGUAGUUACUUUCAUUAUAAACGUGAAAAAAUAGAAGCACACCAGAAAAGAAAACAUCCGUCACAAAUGAAUGGCAAAAAAAAAUUAAAUGUCAUCGCGAUCAGAAGACAAACUCCUAUUAAAAAAAUAGCUGAAUGGAUAUGUAAAUUAUGUACCUUGGGUGUCAAGUAUACUUUAACUGAGAUGGCUAAACACUUGUUAACGGUCCAUAAAAUAUCAAACAUGUUUAAAUGCUCAAUAUGUUUAUAUAAUCAUAGUGAUUAUGAGGUGUUUAAAAAACAUUUCAAGUUGAAUCAUCCAUCUUUGCCAGUAAAGCACUUGAAUGUACAUUUUGAUAAAGUUAGUCCAGAUGUAGAACCGCAACCAUCUAAUAAGCAAACACAUUUUGAUGAACACGUUUCGAGUACACAAAAUAAUACUCUAAAUGUUCUGGAAGAAUUAGACAGUGUUGCUGAACCAACGACCUCGAUUUCUAAAUUUAAAGAAAUUCCAAUAAAAUCGACUACCACUUGUUCGAUAUCCACCAAAUCGAUCGAUGUAUCACAAGUUCAAGAAAAAAUACUCAGUAAUCCUUCCGAAAAGUCUGACGAUUAUUUGGCAUUGAUACAAUCUACGGCUAAAUUUGUAUGCCCAGUAUGCAAUGUGUAUAUAACCAAGGAAGAGCAAUCUUUCCGCAAACACUUGUUAAUAGAAAUUAAUUGCAAGCUAUGGAAAUGUCUGGAAUGUUUCAUGAUCAGUGAUUCGGUAGACAAAAUAAAAUCACAUGUAAUAAAACACAGACUCGAAAAGCAGAAGUAUGAAAAAAUUGAUAGUUUAAAUAAAAAUAUUUGGAUCGAUCGGAUUAUUGAUUAUCAAAAUAUUCUUAUUGAAUAUGUACUGCUUAGAAAAAACAAUCAACAUACUGAUUUUGAUGAUCAAAAUGGAGCCAAUAGCCAAAAUGGUAACGAUCAAUCCAAAUAG